GUCGUAGUCGUUCUUCGUGGCUAAGAUAGUCAUCCGUUCAUCGUUCUUUUGUUGCGUUUUCGUUCUUUCUUGCUCGUGCAGACACCGUGCAUUCUUUCGUACACAUUUUCUUCCUCGUCCGUCAUAGAAGCAUGUAGUAUGCUAAUAGAAUCCUUCUUGUGCGUCGUCCUAUUGAUAAGCAUCACAUGAUUGAAUUUAUCUAAUUCAGGAAACUAUUUACACAAACCAAAUUUUCACCCUCUCACUUUCUUACUACGGUAAAACGACUACCACCGUCGCCAGCAUUCGCAGCGUCAUUGCAAUUUUAAAACCUGAAACAACAAAGAGAAGAUGUCGAUCGAAUAUAGUAGUUGUGUCGGGAAAGAGGAGGAAGAGGCGUGGGGAUAUAAGUGUAAAGUCCUGGAGAACCUGGUGGUCGCGAAGGAGGUAGUCAACCAGAAGCUCAGUGAAGACGUGACUAAAUUGCGUCGAAAAGUGCUUGUUUCGGCUAUGAAGGUGGAGUUGCUGUUAAAGCAGAAAUUGAAAAGCCACACUGUGGAAAAAGCCCCGCAAUCGAAGGACACUGGGUCUACGAGUGGUGGUUCAUUAGACCACGAGAGCGGCGGCUCUAUGUCAGAUACUGAGUCAGAGGGUGUUUCUGCGGCCGGGUUUACUUCGCGCGGGCUGGGGCGAACCUGCUGUUCGGAUGUUACAAUUUUGCCUGAGGCGAACGAGUCCACCACACACACCACGUCCACGCUUCGGUUGCUUGCCCGCAGCAGCACCUCCUCCUGGGAAGUUUUGCCGCGGGCAGGAGCCACUACGCUGGAGCACGCUUGCGGAGCUACAUCUUGCCUAUCGGGUAGUAAGAAUUAUGCGGCCACUGCUGAACAGAAAGAUGGAGCUGAAGCGGGCGGAAAGCUGGUUGAACUUGAAGCGAAGGAAGGAAAAAAUGAGUCCGAAAAGAACGCGACAAUGCCAUCGGUUGGCGGUAAGGGGAAAGGCAAGUGCGCCGGACCCAUUGCGGGCAAGGGAAAGGGCAAAGGGCCGGCCGUCGGUGGCAAAGGAGCAGCCGCACCUGCGGGGAAAGGGGGACGACACCUCCCGGGGAAAAAGACGGAACGAAAAUUUCGCAAACCAGCGCUCAACCGAAGGGGAACGACGGUCAGUUUGUUUUAUGACGCCAAGUACUUGCCCGUGGAAGACGAAGAUUGUGGCAAGAGCGAGACAAAGGCGGCCACCGUCUGGGAUACAGCCGUUGAACAAGAAAUUUCUGCCGAUACAAUACAAGAUAUGUUCUCUACUGCCACAGGUGGGAUGAAAAGCACGAACAAAGCCAGCGAGCAGGCGGCUGUUGACGAGAAGGCUGACCUCUCGAGUACGAGUUGUGCGACGAAAAACCCAGUCACGUCCUCUCUUGCGGAGAGACCAGAGAGCGCAGUGCGCAGGUUCGAGUUUUUCUCCAAAGACGAAGUUAUGCGAAUCGGGGUGGGCAAGCGCAACCUACCAGAGGGGCGGGAAGCGCUGGGUGAGGCGAUGAGGACCUUGCAGGGGAUGAACCUGGAACAACUGGAGGCGCUGAAAAAACUUCUUCCGACAGAGGAGCGCAUGACGGAGCUUCGGCAAAGCCUGAAGGAAAACCAGGAGGAGGCGGCAAAGCAAGGGCAAACGCUGAAGAUUGGGAGGGUUGCGCGAUUUUGCUUGGAUCUCUUCGAGAUCGACGAGCUCAGGGAGCGGCUCGAUGUCUGGAUGUUGCUGCUCGAGUUUGACACAAAAAGGACCGAAAUCGCAAAUCACUUGCAGCUAGUCGAGGACGCGAGCCGGUGGGUCCGUGGUGAAAAAGCUGUGGCGAAACUCCUGCACGGUAUCGUCCAGAUUGGCAAUGCGCUUAACGUAGGGGCGAAAGCGAGGGAGCGAGCCGAUGGGUUCGGCCUGGACAUCUUGGCAAACGCAAAGCUGGAAGCUGUGAAGCCCACCAACGGCGGCGUCCUUCGCGACGUCCCGCGAUUUUUCGCAGAGCACGCACCCAACAAAGGGGACCUGCCGCCGGCAAGAAAUUUAGUGGACAUCAUUGUGAUGGCACAGAAUCACACGGACUGCCGGAGGGUGUGUGCGGAGGGAAAGAUCCAGUUGGUAAAAGUUGCCGCAGGGAUGGGUGCGGUUGAAAUGGCGCGGCGAGCUGCACUGCUCAAGGCCGAGGUGGAAAGCCGGCUAGCGUUUAUCAACAAAAAAGAAGUAGCACGUGGCUCCGGUGCGGCAGGUGAUAGCGUGAGUAUCUCGGGGCUGGCAGCCAGCAAGCACUUCUUCGAAACCGAAGCUUUACCUCAGUGCGAAGCGCUGGUGAAAAAAAACCAAGAGGUGGAAAAAGAUUUUGCGGCAACACAGGAGUACUUUCUAGACAAGAUUCGUGACUACAAGGACUUCUUCGGCAUCUUCACCCAAUUCCUGGAAUCUGUGCGAAAGAGCUAUGACCACUGCAAGCCGCUGAUAGACGAGAUCGAACGAAAAAAGGCGAGAAACUACAAGUAGAUUUUGUCGUCGCGCGGUGGUGGUUGAGCCGGCAUUUCUUUCCGUUACAGCCAGAAAAAGCAACUGAAGCGUUGCGGUGCGGCUCCUGGCGGGACUAGGUGGCAUCUUAAAUGCACCACCAAAAAUUCGCUGCAGAAAAAUCCGUGUACAAUAUUCAGUUUUUUUCCGUCACUGUCACUCAGUUUUCAUCUUUCUUGUUGAGCCAAACUGGGUCUCGACCGAUGUUAUCAACUUUCAGUAAACCACAUGAGAAUCACGCGUUUCCGAAUGAUUUUUUGUAGAUUGUUUUCAUUUAUACGACCAUUUUGAGGCUACCACGUCCAGUUUGAAGUGCAAUUUUAAUACGCUGAAAGAUGCUACCUUUUUUGGGCAAUUUGUUACAGUUUUUUCCAUCAUAUCAAAUGUCAUAUUCUCAUACGAACGCAUUUACAAGUUGCAGAACCUCCGUCUGGACGAACGGGAAGGUUUUUUUUUCUCUACACAUUCAACCGCAAGCACCAACACACUUUCAUGGUCAAGUACACAUUCAACCGCAAGCACAAACAUACAAUCAUGGUCAAUAGCGUCAAUAUCCAAUUCAAUCUUUUCGAAAAAGAAGUAAAAGUAAUUGCAAAGGGAAAGGUAAAUUCUGAAUAAUGUUAAAACGGCUACCCCUACCCCUUCCUGAUCCGAAUCCCACCAGUGAACGAAAUACCGUUCCCCUGAAAUCCAAAAAGAUACCGAAAACCAG